AUGAGGGUUCUAGCUGUUCUAUUGACGGUAUGUUUGGUAGGAGUAUGUUACUGUGGAGAUAAUGAUGGAAAAGUAGUGGGAAAGCGAGCGGUGCCUCAAAAAGGUGCUCAACAACAAAAAGUAGUUCAACAUGCUCAACAAGGACAAACUCAAGCGAAUGCACAGCCUGCUGAUAAACCUGUAGAAUCUCAAACUCCUAAGGAGGAUGUCUCUACAGAAACUACUCAGUCAGCUGGACAAAGUGGUGCUACUCUAGACAUUUCUAGUAUAGACUCAUCAUCUUACCAGUCCUUUGACUAUUCCUUUUCUGGUAAUGCCAUAAGACUCAUUGUUCCCAAGAAGGGUGUAACCGUUACAAAGCUAAUGAAUGGCACUGAAGAGGUUUAUACUCUUUCCACUGGAGAAACGUUCGAGUAUUCAAAACUAUAUCUCAACAAGGAUAAGAAUCCGGAACUUGUUAGAGUCUGGAAUAGGAAUUCCUCAGGUUUAAAGUGUGUAGAUUAUCUAAAGAAUGGAAGUAAAUGGGAACCUUCCCGUGAUAGCGAUGUUAAGAUUAAGAGCUUACAGGAUCCUGUGCGGCAGCCAUCUAUCUUCGAUAUGAAUCUCUCCGCUAAUAGGGAUACUAACACGUGUAGCGUUUUCCAAGUGGAUCUCUUGGGUGUGACCACUAAACACUUUUACCCUAAGCACGGAUACGCUACCAGGAAAGUAAAGAAUGGUGAUAAAAUAAUAUGGACGGGUAGAGCAAAUGAUCGUUGCCUUUCUUGUAUCAUUCAUAAACAUGGGAGUGUAGAACUACUGGAGAUGGUUGUAGUGGAAACAUUAUCAGAAAGAAGCAAGUAUUUUGAGAAGAAUGGUGAAGAGUGGAUGGAGAUUAACAAGACAGACUUUGAUCAGAAGCUAAAUGAAAUGAGAAAGUCUGUAUCGCUUGCUACUCUAACUCAAACUCCUUCGAAUCCUGCUUCCCCCUCUAAGACCACUCCUAGACCCAAUAAAUCGCAGUAA